CGCCAGUAACUCCUCGGCUGCAACAUGCCGGCUUCUAUCGUCGAUGGUAUCGCGGAUACCGUCCAUCAACUCCAUAUCCAAGGAUUGUCAGAGAAGACCAUCUCGACCGAUGUUGGCAAUUCGUUGCCUGAUGGCUUCUACCACUUGCCAGCCAUCUACCAGCUCGAAAGACGCGCCAUCUUCUCGAAGCGGUGGUUCCUGGUCUCGCACAAGGCUCGCUACCGUCAUGUCGGCGACUACGUGCAGUAUGAAAUGGCGGGCUUCAACUUCGUCGUCGUCAAGGACAAGGGCGGCGACAUUGUGGGAUUCCACAACAUCUGCAGACAUCGUGCUUUCCCCGUCGUGCACGAAACCAGUGGCAGCGCGAAGAUCUUUGCGUGCAAAUACCAUGGAUGGACGUAUGGGCUGAACGGCAAAUUGACCAAGGCGCCCCGGUUCACGCCCGAGUCGGUGCCUGACUUCGACCCAACGCACAUUCGCCUCUUCCCCGUCCACACCCACGUCGACAGGAACGGGUUCGUCUACGUCAACCUGGAUGCCCGCCCGGUGCCCGAGAUCCAGUGGGAAGAGCAGUUUGGUGACCUUGACCGCCAGGGCGUCCUCCAGGGUUGCGGCGUGGACUGGGACGCGGUCGAGUAUGAUUUCACGUGGGUCAAAGAAGGAAAGUUCAACUGGAAGAUCAUGCAAGACAAUUACAACGAGUGCUACCAUUGUCUCACGGCACACCCAGACGUAGCCCGCACGACCGCCCUGGACACCUACUACGUCUCCCCAGCCACGCCACAUCACUACAUCUCGCAUUUCAGCGAACCCAAGGCGUCCAUCCUCGCCACCUCGGCCUUCGACGCGACUCGGUUUGCGGGCAGGUCGGCCACUCAUGUCUGGCCGGGCGGUCACUUCAGCCCGAACCCAGGCACCGGCUUCAUGCACCUGAUGCGCAGCCUCCCGACCUCGCCAACCACCACGCGGCAGGAGUACGACGUGUACAGGCUGAACACGCCGCACGCCACGCCCGAGGCCCACGAGCGCAUGGUCAAUUUCUACAAGAAGGUCGUGGACGAGGACUUUGGCCUCUGCGAGAAGGUGCAGAGGAACCUCGAACGUGGGGUCUUCACAAGGGGCCCCUUGCACCCUUUCCACGAAGAAGGCGUGCAGGCGUUCCAGGGCAUGGUGCUCAAGGUUCUCAAGGAGCAGAUUGGACUGGAGGAGGCUGCUGGGAGGGAGAUCUGGGCUGCGAGGCCGCCAGCGCAGGGAGCUGGAAAGAGGGAGGCAAAUUCUGGGCGUACAGCCAACGGGAACGGCGACGGCGACGGCGACGUCGAAUCGGACAGUCAGAGCAUCUGCGUGAAGAUGCUAGGUUGCGACCAGGCGAGGCUGAAAGGCCUGGAAUGGUAG